GACAGUCCUCACAGACUGGUGAGACUAUCACGACGACAAGUAUCUUGCUUAUCGAGUGGCGUUUGUCUCCAUCAUCAUCCUCCACUGGUCAAAUAUCACAAUUUCCCACCACUUUCUCCUUUAUCAUCACCAUUCCUUAUUUUGCUUCCUCACUACCAUUUUUUAAUCAUUUCUAUCUUCUUACUCUUACACCACUCUUUCUAUGUUCCACCCACUUUCCCUCAAACUCAUUUUUGCACUUUGCUUAGUAUAGUAUGGUUGAUUUUGUCGUCAUGCCUCGUGCUUUAAUUACGAUAAAGGUUUAACUUUUGCCUUUUACUCUUGGUGGGGUUAUCGCAAAUUAAAUGUUCUCAAAAGUGGAGUUUUAGAAAUAAUGACCUCGUCCACUCCAAUUAACAACCCUUUCGUUUUUUUAUUUUUUUAUUUUAUAAUUUGAAAUAUAUAAGUACUUUUUAUUGAUGAUGGGUUGUGAAGUAUAUGAUGAUUUGCUCUUAAUUUAUUUGGUUAUGUUGGAAUUUUCCCUUUAAGCACUGCUUCUUUCUCCUUGUCAUCUUCAUCGUUAUACCAGAAAAGUACACUCCCUUGAAUGGGAACUGAUGGUUGUGAAGUGGUAGAGACAUUACCAGAUCCUCGCUCUUUUAAGGUACAUCGUAGAAUAUGCACAGAACUCAGGAAAUUAGUCAAUAGAGUGUUAAGGAUAUUUCCGCAGAUUGAGGCAGCACGCCCUCGGUCCUCAUCAGGAAUACCAGCUCUGUGUUUGCUAAUCAGUACAGUUGAUAAAGCCAAACAACUUCUGCAACAUUGCUCUGACUCUAGUAGUCUCUACCUGGCAAUAACAGGGGAGUCAAUACUCUCAAAAUGCCAAAAGACAAGAAAGUCAUUAGAGAAAAGCUUAGUCCAGAUUCAGCAUAUAGUUCCUGUUAUGUUGGCUGCAGAGAUUUCUCGAAUGAUCGAUGAUCUUAGGUGUGUGACCUUUGUCCUGGAUUCUGCUGAAGAAGAGGCUGGGAAGGUUAUGAGAGAAUUGCUCCAGCAAGGUCCUUCAACCUCAGAUAACGAUUCAAAGGAAAGCUCAGACAUUAAAUCUCUUCAGUUUGCAGCGGCAAGACUUCAUAUUACAUCCGCAACAACCAUCAUAGCAGAGAGAAGAUCUAUUAGGAAGUUAUUACAAAAAGUUGGACCAAAAGACGAAACGAAAAAGGUGAUCUUGAAAAAUCUGUUGUAUCUUCUGGUAAAGUAUGGAAAAUCAAUCAUAGGAGAACAGGUGGAGGUCUAUACUCAUUGUGAAGAACCAGUGGCAACUGAGAACUCUGGUCAUGAUUCUUUAUGUAUCCAUCAUGUGAAGUCAGACACAUACGUGAACCACGAUCAGUACGAAACUCGUGCCAGCGAGUUAGGUAGAGUUGCACCACCUGAGGAAUAUACAUGCCCGAUAUCUUUAAGGUUGAUGUAUGAUCCUGUCGUCAUUGCUUCGGGAGAAACAUAUGAAAGGAUGUGGAUACAGAAAUGGUUCAACGAGGGUAAUGUUACAUGCCCGAAAACAAAAAAGAAACUGUCCCAUAUGGCGUCGACUCCUAACAUUGCUCUAAAGGAAUUAAUCUCAAAGUGGUGCAAAAAUAAUGGAGUCUCCAUUACUGACCCGAGUAGACAAGCCGAAGACAUUCACUCAUGGGAAGCUUCUAUCACUUCCAUUAGGAGUUUUGGAAGUUCCAUGAAUGGUCUGAACCUGCCAAUGGAUUUUAGUAACAUGUCACUUGGAUCGAUAGAUACAAGUUAUAAUUCAGAUUCCUCACAUGUUAAGGCCGGUCAUGGCUUGAAUUCGAUGUUGGUCAAGACUAGAGACGGUUCUCACAGGCGUCAAUCUCAUUCACAGAUUCAUGACACAUAUUUGAUGUCCUUAUCUAAACUUCAUGAGCAUCAAUGGGAUUCGCAAUGCCAAGUCAUUGAAGAUAUGAAAAUAGAUUUCACAAGCAAUGACCAAGUUUUUAUCUCUGUGUCGUUAGAGAAUUUCAUUGAUCCACUUGUGAGAUUUCUGAGCAUUGCAUAUGAUAAGCAUGACACAAAAGCUCUGAGAGGUGGAUGUAAGUUACUGUUGGAAUUUACAAAGUACUGUAGAAAUGGUCUGACAAACUUAAGCGAAGAUACAUGCAGUUUGUUGGCAAGUCUCCUUGAGUCAGAAGUGAUUGGAGAAGCUCUUACCAUACUGGAAGAAUUGUCGAACAAUUGGUCUAAUAAAGCUAACGCCACAGCUUCCAGUGCACUAACAGCUGUUUCAAAGAUCCUUGAUUCUGGUAACAAAGAGUAUCAACAGAAAGCUAUUAGAAUAAUGUGCAAUUUUUCAUCCAAUACUGAAAUUUGUUCCUACAUGGUGUCUCUGGGGUGCAUCCCAAAAUUAGUACCAUUUUUCGAAGACAAGUUCCUUUGGAGACACUGUAUAAGGAUAUUGAAAAACCUUUAUGAUACUAAAGACGGUAGGAUGUGUGUUGUUGAAACAAAGGGAUGCAUGUCUUGUGUUGUUGAAAUACUUGGGUCCGGCAGUGACGAAGAAAAGGAACCAGCACUGGCGAUCGUACUAUCUUUGUGUUCGCAACGGUUGGAAUACUGUGAGAUGGUUAUGGACGAGGGUAUUAUACCAUAUCUUGUCAAUAUCUCCAAUAUGGGAAACGAUAGCACAAAGGCGUAUGCGUUGGAACUGCUUCGACUUUUGAGGGACGUAGCCAGCGAAGGUUGCUUUGAGCCGAAUCUCAACAACUCACAAGAUUCUAACGAUCACUUUGAAGAAAAUAAAUUGUCCAAGAAGUCCACAAUUUUGAAGAAGCUAUCGUGGUUCUCAAAAUCAAGUUCUGUUUCGUCCAAAAACAAGAGAUGAAACUCAGUUCCCUUUAUUACAUGGACAAGUUAUUCUUUAGUCUAAUCUUUCACCAUUUAUUAUUGGAUCUAAAUAUUCUUUCACAAUGUGUAACUAAAGUAAUAUGAUUGUAAUUUUAUAUAAUGUAUAGUUUCUUUGACAUGGCAAGUAAAGAGGUAGUUGGGAAGUUCUUUUUUUUGACUUGGUGAGUGAUAAUGGAUUGUAAUUGUAGAAAUAGCCUCUUAGGUUAGGCACUGAAUUGCUAUUCUCAUUGUUAUUGUAUAUAUAAUUAUAUAUUGAUUGAAUAGUCUAAUACUCUUUUCCAAAA